GAUUGUCAAAAAAGAAAAGCUUUGUGAAAGAAGGUUGUAAGCGUCAGUCCCGACACACUGUACGUACACAUACGCAUACACACACACUCUUUUACGUGAACCAUGGAAGCCGCUAGUGCAGCGAUGGCACAGGGCCGAUUAAGAAGUCAAAUCUUGAGCGGUGAACAAGAUGGAAGCGCGUUAGUUUUACCCGAGGGAGGUUCAACCCAUAAUGGAGGAAUGCAGGGUCCAGGUUCUGCCUUCUCAGGUCAAGGGUAUGGUCCAGGUGCUGGUCCUAUGAGACAAGGAGGUAGAUCUCCUCAAUUAUAUCAACAGAAUGGCUUUGGGGCUGUGCCCGGAACGGGUCAAGGUCAACUUCCGGUACCGGGACCAGGUACUACUCCAGGACAGGGCAAUACUUUCAUGGCUCCCAUGGGGUAUGGUGUCGCAGGAGCUGCCAGUGGCCCAAGAAAUGGCCAUACCGGGGGAACUAUGUCCCUUACUAGUGCAUCCGGUUAUGGGUCUAAUUACCCAGACCAUAUACCGAUGGCCAAUGGAGCAUUCGGUGCUCCCGGAAGUCAAGGAGGUAGUUCAAGGAAGGCCUCAUUAACACUGCAAUCUGCCAAAUCGAUGAAUAAGUUUUUCCGAAGAAACAAAGGUGCAUCUUCUUCAACAUCAGCAAUCAACAACAUUGGUGGCGUACAGCCAACUGCAUUUGAUGACGAUUUGGGAGCAGACAUUGGUGAUCUUACUGCCGAUCUGAAUAUGUCAUUUGAUGACAUUCGCCACAUUCGUGACCGUGGGCCAUAUGGAAUGAAUGGUAGAGUUUUAGAUACUGCACCAAUCAUUCCGACCAUGGGUCCAUCACUGUCACAACCUACCAAUAACAUUCAAUAUCGAAAACAAAUGAAUCAUCAGAAGAAAUUGGCUUACUCCGCUGGUGCAAGAGCUAUGCUGAUGGGUCAACAAUCGUCACAGGCUCGAGCGAUGCUGAUGGGCCAACAACCAGUAGGACCCAUGGGGCAAUAUCUGCAUCAACCUAUGCCUCCAAUGCCACAACAGUAUCAAUACGAUCCAAGGGCAAUGCUGAUGGGUAAUUAUAAUGGGCGUGCUCAAAGUAUUAACACGAUGAAUGCUGGAAAUAGGGCAAUGUCCUUGAAUAAUAGAGGUGGUCCGGGACAAAUCCCUGGUCCACCAGGAAGUAGACCAAUGAAUCGGGGCCCACCAGGUGUUGUUCCAGGAAGAAUGAUGAACGGUCCUGGACCUCAAGGCAAUGGAUACGGUCAACCUCAAGGUAAUGGAUAUGGUCCACCGCAAGGAAAUGGUUAUGGCAACGGUUAUCCACCCAACGGCAUCCCAGUCAAUGCUUAUGGCUCUGGACCAAGAACCAUGUCUUUAAAUCAAGGUCAAUAUCCUGCCCCAAAUAUGACUGGACCAGACCCUCGCACAUUAUCGUUAGGUAACCAAUCUGGUCAAAAUGCAAACUCUGCUGGUCAUUCAGGUCAUUUGCAUGAUAGGGUCAACUCCACAGAUUCAUUAAUGAAUGUGGUAGAAGAAGAAGAAGAACCAAGAACUUUAGCACCUCCUUCGAACAACACCCCAUUACUUUCAACAGCAUCGGAUGAGGAUAUUGUUUAUAAAUUUGACGAUAAAGAUGAUCAAUUAUCUAGAAAAUCAACUCUUAAGAAGACACCAUCAAUGAGAUUGAGAAAAUUGAACUUGUUCGAUCAACCUAAACAACAAGAACAACAACCAGUUCCUGAAGAGUCGAUGAUAGAUGAUGAUGAAGAAGUACCUGUUAGGGUAGGGUCUCCAUCGUUUAAUUUGAUGGACCAUGAUCAAAGAGAGUCAUACUAUGAUGAUGAAGAGGAUGAACAUUCUAGUGCGAGAUUGGGAGGAUCAUUGGGAGCAACAGCUUCUGCUAAUAACCAAUCGAGUGGGGAUGUAUUUGUCACAGCAUUGGACUUACAAGAUCAUAAUAAAGCCAGAGGUACUAGAAAAGAUUCAGAAGCUAGAAGCCUUGCUCCACUGGUUACUAAGCAACCAUCUAUUCAAAACCUUGCCGCAAAUACGGCUUUUAGUAAAUUUAGAUCACCUUCCAUGGGCGAUGACACUACUUCAAUCUCGUCACAGGAUCUGAAAUUGCGAAGGAAACAACCAACUGGCGACGAGCCAUUACCACCAUUACCUCCUAAGGAUGCCAAAUUUUCUCCUUCAAUUGGUAGUAAUAAAUCUAUGGAUAGUUUGGAUACUUUGAAUUUGAAAGAAGGCGGAACUGGUGAAACAGUCAAGAGGACUUUAACCAGAAAAGCACCCACCAGCAGCUAUCCUGUCACACCAAUAGAUGGGAUGCAUGAAGAUAGAAUGAAAGAAGCCGAACAAGAAAAACUUGCUGAACAAGAGAAACUUGCCGAACAAGAAAGACUUGCUGAACAAGAAAGACUUGCUGAACAAGAAAGACUUGCUGAACAAGAGAGACUUGCUGAACAAGAGAGACUUGCUGAACAAGAGAGACUUGCUGAACAAGAGAGACUUGCUGAACAAGAGAGACUUGCUGAACAAGAGAGACUUGCUGAACAAGAGAGACUUGCUGAACAAGAGAGACUUGCUGAACAAGAGAGACUUGCUGAACAAGAGAGACUUGCUGAACAAGAGAGACUUGCUGAACAAGAGAGACUUGCUGAACAAGAGAGACUUGCUGAGCAAGAAAGACUCGCCGAAAAGGAAAGACACGAAGAACAAAGUAGAUUAGCAUUGGAAGCUGAUAUGGCUAAAGCCGAAGCUGCAAGAUCCUCAAGGUUUCACGAUGUGUCUCCAUCUGCUCCAUCUUCUCUGACAACAUUUUCUAGAUCGAAGGAAAACCUUUCUGCAUCUGAAUCCUCAAGCUAUCACGAAGAAUGUAGCAAACCAAAUGAACCUCAUGCUGCUCCUUCAAUGAGUUCCACUGGAUUAUCCACCUCCACAAAUACUCCAGUAUCUGAAAUGGCCAAGACUCCAAUACUUGAAGACAAUGCAUCAUUUGCCUCCUCUACUCCAAAAUCAGAGAAGAAGGCAUCUAGAUCAUUUUCUCUUAAAUCCAGAAACUUAUUUAAGAAAUUCCCUGGAAGACGUAGCUCAACUGAAGUACAACUGCUUGAAGAUGGGUCACCAGUUACUUCUAGAUCACCUUCUGUGUCGAAUCAACGGAGGUUUUCGGGAGCAAGCUUCAAAAAACAAUCAACACUGGUUCCAGUCAAACCCGAGUUCAAAUUCACAACAGAAGAACUUUCCAUUAUGAACUGUAACAACGAUUUAUUGAACGAGCUUGAACUUGUAACCAUUGAACUUGCCUCUGCCGUAGACCGGGAACUUUCUCUUGAAAGUCGUCUUAAGGGAAAUAGUAGUCCUAUGGGCCUGCCAUACCUAAACUCAGAGAUGGAAGACAACAGAAGUGCCAUUAAUUACCAAAAGACUAUUGCCGACCUUCAGGAUAAACUCAAUAAGGAACGUCGCCUUCGAUUCAUUAGUGAAGAACAUGCAUUGUUAUUAGAGAAUGGUGCCAAUCCGUCACCCUUACGUCUUGACUAUGAAAAGACUGAAAUUUACCGUCAAUUGUUAAUCAAGAAUGAUUUGGUAAAUCAAUUACAAGAUCGAGUGGAUGAGUUUGAUCGUAGAUAAUCCUCAAGUGGAGUUGACCAGAACAUGUUGGACCAUUACAAUGAGCUUUUGAAAGAAAAUGCUUCUUUGAAAUUUGAUAUUGUUCCCGAAUUGGAACGGAAGUUGGCAGCAGCAACCUCAGUUUCAACUGCCAAGUCAAAUAUGCAAGGUAAUAAUAUCAGUAAUGGCAUUAGCAGCGUUAAUGGAUAUCACGGUGGAGUCUGUGGAUCAACCACUAGUGUGUAUGAAGAUGAUGGAGAUAUUGAAACUUCAUUUGCAAACUCAGAACAUCAGAUAGAAGUCCAAGCAUUAAAAUCACAACGAGAUGAACUUCGCGACGUUGUUCUGCAAUUGACAGCUUCACUGAAACAUGAAAUCAGACUUGCUAAAGAGAAGAUUAAAACUCUCGAGACGAAACUCCAUGACGCUAAUAACCUCAACGAACGACUUUCAUUACGCAACAGCGAUGGGAAGCGUGAUCAAAGUUUACAGAGUUUAUCAGCAAGCUCAUCUAUGUCAAACAUAAAUCAUGCAAAAGGUGGAAAGUUGCAGGGCUUCAACGUGGUUUCAUCGACAAAAAAGUUCUUUGAUGAUUAAUAGAAUUAUAUGUAUAUUAGAAAGUUAAGAACUUUAUAUUCGGAAACGU